AUGAGAAGCUCCAUUGGUCCCGAUCGGCGCGCCUCGAUGAGUGACGACGAGGCUAUCCCGGGUUCCGACAGCAACGAGACAACGAACCUUCUCCUUGAGCGUCUCCGGGCCUGGAAGCAUAUGUGUGGUUAUCUGGAAGAUUACGUCGCGGUGACUGCGAAGGUGCAGAAAUCGCAGUCGAAGGAUUAUGAGAAGGUGUUGAAGACUGUGAGCGAUCCGCUCAAGGAAGGACACCAUUUCUCCCAGAGCGCGGGUGGGAUGGCGUCUUGGUUUGAGAAUAUCCGCUCGAAUACUCAGGGAAUGGUGAAUAUGUACCUGGAAUCCGAAAAGAAUAUUCGCGGAUCUAUCUCCCCGACCCUGGACCGGCUGCAUAAAGAGAUCAAGAACAAGUCCAAGGAGCUCCAGGCGGGCGCCUCCAAGAGCGCAAAGGCCGUCGACAAGGCGAGAAGCAUUACUCAGAAGCAUAUCGAGCUUCUUGGCCAGCAGAGCGCCCAUUUCGACGCGGCCGCCGGAAACAAGGUCGACCAGAGCCAUGACCCCUACAUCCUGCGCCGAGGUAUCAACCACCGCCUCAACAAGCAGGUCAUCGAGGAGAACAACAACCGCCAGGACAUCAUUGCGGUCCAGAACAACUUCCAGCAAUUCGAGGCGCACGUUGUGCAGACCAUUCAGACUUCCAUGGAGCAAUUCGUCAUGUUCGUGAACAACCAACUGGAGCGUCAACGCACCAUGUACUCCGACAUGCUAGGCGCCGCCCAACGAGUGCCCCCCGACUUCGAAUGGGUCAACUUCAUUACCAACAACCACCAAACCCUCGUCGACCCCGACGCUCCGCCCCGGUCCCUGAGCAACAUCACCUUCCCCAACCAGGACCACCACUCGACCAAGCCCUUAAUGGAGGGUGCCCUGGAGCGCAAGUCCCGCGCCGUGAUCAAGGGUUUCAACAGCGGCUACUACGUCAUUACCGUGGCUCGCUACCUGCACGAAUUCAAAGACAACGACGACUUCCGCCGCGACCCCACCCCGGAACUGUCCCUAUACCUCCCGGACUGCGUCCUCGGCGCCAUCGACGGCGUCAAGUUCAGCGUCAAGGGCAAGGAUGUCUCCAGCGGCAAAGUCGGCAACGCCUUCCACACUAACACCGAGCUGAACUUCAAGGCCCCGACCCCCAGCGACGCCGAAAAAUGGUACAACGUCAUCAAGGACGCCGCCAAGGCCCCCGCGGCCAUCCAGACCAGCGCUGCGGCCUCCCCAACCGCCGCCUCGCUACCUGCCAGCCCGGCUGUCGGCGCCGGCGCCACUGGCGGAACCACGGAGAACCACCCUCCCGCUUACUCCGAAAAGCACAGCGAGGGAUCCACCGCCGGCCAGGAUGCCAGCGCCUUCUCGCCGCAGGCUUCCUCGCCUCAAGCAGGCCCGUCUGGUUCCUCGUCGUCUCCUCCCGGGAUCUCGCGCGCCAACACCGCAAGCUCGGCGCAAACCCAGGGCGUGACAUCUUCCGGCGGCGCCGGUGCUUCAGCUCCUCCCGCGGGCGAGAAAGCGUGA